ACCUUAUCACAAAAGGGGAGCGCCCCGUGCGCAUUUCCCGUGGCGCGAGACACGAUCCUAUCCGCACGCUCCUACGUGCGCCUCGAUGCAGCCGCGUGGCAUCCGGAGAUCUGAUUCACCCUGUCACCCUCCGAUGCUGGUCGGACGGACGUCGCCAAGUGGGCCCCAAUCCGAGCAGGUACAACGUCCCCUUGGCCUCGGUUUCCUCGAAUUACGAGGUUGAUGGAUCUAACGGUCCAGAUCAUCCCGCAGCUAUCGUCUCGGGCACAGUGUUACUCUUCUCCUAGCUUUGUUGGGGGGUAGGGGGGGGGAGUACAGUGCGUCCCGGCGCAAGUUAACACUGCUCACGGCGUUUCUUGCGCAACAGAGAUUUUUAGAGAGAGAGAGAGAGAGAGAGAGGGAAAUGUGACUUUGAGAGAGAGGGGGGCGUUGGCUUCUUUCCAUUUUUGCUGAAGAUUCAGUGGGCCAUUGCUUUUGAUUAGGGUUUUGGGGUUCAUUUUAAGAUACAUCUCAGCAUUAUAUAUACUCUGGCGAGAGCGAGAGGGAGGAGCUCUGAAGAACAUCCCUUUCAUCUGUUUGGAUUCGAAUUUUCAGUGAUUCUAGAUGGGCAUAGAGGAAAGAAACACACAGCUACACAUCAAUGAGGGAAAAACUCAUCAAGCAUGGACGCUUAGCCGACAUGUUUUUUGUGAUCUCUCGUGUGUUUCUCCAGUCAUGUUCUUGUACCUCUUAAAGGAAUGUUAUUUUGCAGGUACAUGUAAAGCAACAGCAAAAUUUCGUGCUCUUCAGCAUCAAGUCCAUCAAAUACUAUAUAAUAAUCCCCAUCCUGGCCCAGCUACUUUUGUCGUUCAGUGUCUUUAUAUCCUGCCAGGGUUUGGAGAAUAUUGUGAAGGCUUCAGUCACUUAAUAAUUUCUGCCCUUCGCCGUCGCCUGAAAGCUGGAACCACCCCAGCAGACUCCUUGGAAGCUAAACAGCUUGCUGCCCAUUUAUUCGUAGAUGUUCUUGGGGGUUGUGUCUUUCAUGAAGAGAGGAUUCUUGUGAAGUUAUUGCAAAUUUUUGAUGUCACAUUGAUGAACAUUGAGAAAGCUUUAUGCAAUUCAGAAGUUGAAAGUAACAGUAGUUUGGACGAGGCAAAGCAAGUUGUAGAACAGUAUAUAUUCGAAUUGAUAGAAUCUCAGUCAUUUAUGACAGCAGUCAGUCUACUAGAACACUUCUCUAUUCGUCAGUCAGGGCAAUCUUUUCUAUUUCAAAUGAUUCUGAAAAAGGAAUUCAGAGCAGCUGAGAAAUGGGCAACAUUUAUGGGGAAGCCGAUGUUGUGUGUACUUGUCCAGGAAUACAUUAAUAAGAAUAUGCUGAAGAAUGCUUACGAGAUUGUAAAAAAAAAUAAUCUACGACAGGAAUUUCCAGAUAUAUAUCACAAAUUUAAAGGGAGCUCUUUAAAGAAACUUGCAGAAAAAGGAUGUUGGGAAAUUGCAGAGGCAAAUAUAAACGAUGAUAGAGAACUCAUUGAAUAUCUGGUUUAUUUGGCUAUGGAAGCUGGCUACACAGAGAAGGUUGAUGAACUCUGCGACCGCUACUCCCUUGAGGGUUUUGUGAGAGCUAAAGAACCUGAGGCAAGUCUCUUGCAAAGUCGCUAUCUUCAUCUUAAUGAAUUGGAUUUAGAAGGUGUUGUUUGGGUUGAUGAGGUUAGUGGUUUGCAAAGUGCAACAAGCCACAUUGAGGAAUGUAAAGUUGUUGGGAUUGAUUGCGAAUGGAAACCCAAUUAUGAGAAAGGCAGCAAACCAAACAAGGUGUCUAUCAUGCAAAUUGCUUCUGAAAGGAAGGUUUUUGUCUUUGACAUGAUAAAGUUGUUUGAAGAUGUGCCUGAGAUUUUAGACAAUUGCCUCGUACGCAUUUUGCAUUCCCCCCGAAUUCUGAAACUAGGCUAUAAUUUUCAAUGCGAUGCACAGCAACUAGCUUAUUCAUAUGGUGAGUUGGAGUGUUUUAAGCACUAUGAAAUGCUACUGGACAUUCAGAAUGUGUUCAGAGAACCUCGAGGUGGUCUCUCUGGGCUUGCAAUGAAAAUACUGGGUGCUGGUUUGAACAAGACAAGACGGAACAGCAACUGGGAGCAACGACCUUUGAGCCAAAAUCAGCUAGAAUAUGCUGCUCUUGAUGCUGCUGUACUUGUUCACAUAUUCCGUCAUGUUCGUGGUCAUUCUCAGCCUGCUAGUCUAUCAGAAGGCCAUGCCAAAAUUGAGUGGAAGUCUCACAUUGUUUCCCGCAUGGAUAACCAAAAAAUGACAAAGAAGCAGAUUACAAGUAAAGACAAGUCUGAAGGUGGACUUAACAAGGAUUCACAAUUGAGCUAGUUUAUACCUUACCCUUCUCAUCAGUAAAUAUUUAUGCUCAACCAAUGCAGAUGCUGCUGAAGUAGACUUGCUGCUGUAGAGUUUCAAUUUGUUUAUGGGAAAAAAUUCUUCACUGGAAAAUGGAAUGCCCUAGAUUAUCUAAUAUAACUGCAUUUUAUUCUGCUCUGAA